AUGAAGAUGCGCAUGUUCUUAGCUUUACUAGGCAACACUUUGUGGAAGUUGGCUAUGGCAAAGUGGUGGGAUUUGGACCAAGAGUUCAAUUAUGUAGAAAGCUUGGCUUUAGUUACCAUCGUGUUCCUUGAGCUACUGUUUGAUGGUGCUUGGCAUGUCCUGUCCAGACCAGCCUCCAAGUCUUACUACUACGGGCGUUUGCAUGAAGACGCCUUUGACAAAGCUGAGUCCGGGGUGGUGGUUCAGACAGUCUCGCACGCCCAGCUAUACAAGGAAUUGAUGAACAAGAUGGGCGGAGAGUUCAUGUCCUUGGGGUUCAUCGCCUUCAUGAUCUUCUGUUCUAAUCAGCUUGGGUUCUUUGACUUUAUUGCUGAACGCUUGCCGGCCUGUGGCAAGAGCGCCACUCCAGAUUGUGUAAUGCUGCCAUACACUGGCAUCGAUUGGCUUCACCUUAUCGCUUCUUGGCACUUGCUCUUGAUGCAGGCAUAGAGGUGACAAUGGUUUCGGAAGCUGCAUGUAACCUAUUUUUUGGUUUCUUAGAUUUCCACCAGGCAAAAAAAACACAGAUAUUUGAGAAAGGAAGAUACGGUUCCUUUUAAGGGGCCUUACCUUCCUUUGUUCAUUUUUUCUAGAUUUGUUGUCCUUUUUUCCGGUUGAGGAUGGUAGAGAUUCUCAGAUCAGCCAGUG